AUGUCGUCCACAACCACACAGACCGCGACCUCUACCACCUUGAACGGCGCUGCAUCGAAUGACGCCAGCUACAUCCCUCGAGGCCCAGUCAACGCCGUCCUAAACUUCUUUAAAGAUCCUGAAGAUGGCAGCAAACCACAUAACUACGUCGAGCCACCUACAGAUGGUCGGCCACAGCGCAAUUUUGGCAGUGAAGAUGUCGAGGUCAGAGUCGAAGACAUCCGUGACCGAGAAAAUCAGUUUCACCUAGAGAAGGAUGCGUUUCAGGCCAUCAAGGGCAUCCCCUCGGACGAGAAAGACUUCACAGACGACGAGCACAUCAAGAAGGUCUACUAUCCUGAGGUCGAGAAGCUAUUAUUAGAGCAGGUUCCUGGUGCGCACAAAGUCACACUGUUCGACCACACCGUACGGAGAUCGAAUCCAGACGCACCAAGAGCACCAGUGACAAGAGUACAUGUUGAUCAGACAGCAAGGUCUACCGAGUGGCGUAUCAAGUUGCACAACCCAGAAGACGCGGAAGAGCUGCUCAAGGGUAGAUACAGAAUUAUCAAUGUCUGGAGGCCACUGAACGGCCCUGUGCAGGCAAGCCCGCUCGGCUUCGCAAGUGCGGACACCACCAAAGACGAAGAUUUGGUGCCAGUCGAGCAUAGAUACCCCCACAGAACAGGCGAGACUGCUGCUGUAAGACACAACAAGGGCCAGCAGUUCUACUACUGGUCUGGAAUGCAAAACGAUGAGAGAUUGUUCCUGAAGUGCUUCGACAGCAAGGAUGGGGUCGGUCAGCGAGUUCCACAUACUGCAUUCGUUGACCCAAGGACUCCUGAAGGUGCUAGAGGACGAGAGAGCAUUGAAGUGAGGGCUCUUGUUUAUGGUUGA